AUGCCUGUUACCACCGUGCUCUCCACAGCGCUUACCACUGCCUUGUUGGGGCGCCAGAGCAGAGGCACUCCCAUCGAGGAUCUCUUACACCCAAAACCGUCUUCCGCUCCUGACCUCUUUUCUAACGACUAUCUCUCUCUUUCCACUGAUUCUCUUCUACGAGAUGCGUUUCUCAAUCGUAUCUCUCAGACCCCGUUGCUGUUUGGGUCGACGGGCUCGCGCCUCCUCAACGGCAAUAAGUCAGUUCAUAUCGACUUUGAACUUCGUAUGAAGAAGUUCUUCGGAUCGCCCGCCGCCCUCCUCUGCAACUCUGGCUACGAAGCCAACACUGCUUUCUUCAGUGCGAUCCCGCAGUCGUCUGAUGUGAUCGUCUUCGACGAACACAUUCACGCAUCUGUGAGGGAUGGGAUGGCGACUUCUCGCGCGCGCGGAGCACUCUACCCCUUCGCACAUAACUCCACGUCGUCUUUCCGCCAGACUCUCGAGCGCGCGGUGCAAAACCAUCCAGGAGUGAUGCUCGGAAAGGCAACAGUAUUCGUCGCCGUCGAGAGCCUGUAUAGCAUGGACGGAGACUUCUGCCCCCUUCUCGAUAUUGUGGCAACAGCCAAAGAGCUCGUUCCAGAUGUCUCCAGGCACAUCGUCGUAGAUGAGGCCCAUACCACGGGGAUUUGCGGGAAGGAGGGAAGAGGGCUAGUGUCCCUUCUUGGUUUGGAAGACGACGUUCACACUGUCUUGCAUACCUUCGGAAAGGCCCGUGCUUUCUUGGGCGCCGUAAUCCUGACGUCGCCCGUCAUACGACACUAUCUUAUCAACUACGGGCGACCCGUCAUCUACAGCACCUCCCUCCCGUAUUCCAAUAUCAUAGCGCUGGAUGCGUGCUUCGACUUCAUGUCUACCCCGGCCGGUGACGAAUUGUCUCAGCGCUUGCAAUUCAAUGCGCGCUACUUCGAAGAGAAUCUCAGAAAGGCGUUGACGUCCAUCUCACCAGGCCUUCUGACGCUGCCUCAACAGAAGAACGCCGGGAUACCCGAAGAUCUGCACUCCCCUAUAUUUCCCAUUCUCACUCCUGGUUCGGAGUCGCUCGCCACCUACCUCAACUCGUUGGGAUACGCUGCGCGUCUCAUCCCGUACCCCGUGGUUCCCAAAGGACAAGAGAGGGUCAGAGUUGUGGUGCAUGCCGGGAACACCACCGAAGAUUUGGAUACUUUUAUCUCACGGGUGAUGGAAUGGGCGAGCAGCGUUCAGGGCUAUUCAGGGACUGACAGGAUUCUGACUACGCAGUCCGACGACGCCCUGAUGCCGGCUAUGACACAACCUACCGCGAUAAACGUUACCAUGUAG